UGAUACAACUUUCAAGAAAACAUGUUAGAGAAACAUGUUCGAGAACAACAUCCCAAAACUUUUCAUAUAAAAGCCCAAUGUUUUUCUCUCCAAAACUUCAAACCUACAUACACAACUCUUACAAGUCGUCAAACAAAACGCUCUCUCUUCACAUCCUCUCAACGUGCUCGUUCAAACAACAACAACAACGCAACAAUAAUGUCGCCAUCAAGGACUUUGGUGCUUUGGUCGCUUCUGCUGCUGCUGCCGAUGAUUGUUUCUCUCCCAUUCGACAACCUGAACAAACAGGGGCUUGAACUUGCUGAAAAUGCAGAGGGACCCCAAAUGGACGCUGAAGAUGAAAAAGUAAUGGGCGAGGUGGAGUCUGCGGUCGACAACUUCAAGGGCGGAAAUGAUACAGAGACAACGCCACCAGUUUCGGGCAACUCUACCACGUCUGGGCCUGAGACUACAUCAGAAGGCGGACCGGGAAGUGACCCGUCAGUCGAGCCAGACUCGUCGCCAGUCGUGCCAGUGGUGGGGGGAUCUACGAGUGAUUCUGGUCCUAAGCCUUCUUCUGGCAAGCCUCCAUCUUCUUCAACAACAACUACCACUACACCUGCUCCAACAGAGAAGGGUGGUUCGGUGAUAGUCAUUGUCAUUAUCGUUGUUGUACUUCUGUGUUGCAUUGUCGGAAUUGUUGCUUUCUUCCUUCUCUCAGGCAAAAAAUCGGAGGAUGAAGGGAAGGAAGGGGACGCUGAAGCGGGGACCAAGUCUAGUGCUUCUGCUGCUGGCGGCGCGGAAUCGGAGGCGAAAACAACCGAAGGAGCAGAUAAGAGCGCAACGGAGGAAGGCUCGAAGAAGGAAGACGACGAGAAGAAAGAUGGGGAAGGUGAAGAAAAGACGGCUGAAUCUGCUGCUGAUGAGGGAGGUGCUGGAGGGACGACUGGAGAGGAAGGAACGGCAAAGGAGGCGGGAACUGAUGCUGAAGAUGCUGCUGAUGAUUCCAAACCUGCAAGCACGGAGGGUGGCGAAGAUGAGGGAGAGGGAGAAGGCGAUGAGGAAGAGGUGAGUAAACAAAACUUUGUCUGAGUGUUUUCCGGAAAAUACAAAAUAAACAUAACAGUCUGAACAAAACUUUGUUUUUCCGGAAUGUUUCUGAAUGUUUUCCGGAAUGUUUUGCUAAAUGUUUUCCUGGAUGUUUUUGAAUGUUUUUCGGAAUGUUUUUGAAUGUUUUCCGGAAUGUUUCUGAAUGUUUUUCUGGAAUGUUUUUGAAUGUUUUCCGGAAUGUUUCUGAAUGUUUUUCUGGAAUGUUUCUGAAUGUUUUCCGGAAUGUUUUGCUAAAUGUUUUCCUGGAUGUUUUUGAAUGUUUUUCGGAAUGUUUUUGAAUGUUUUCCGGAAUGUUUCUGAAUGUUUUUCUGGAAUGUUUUUGAAUGUUUUCCGGAAUGUUUCUGAAUGUUUUUCUGGAAUGUUUCUGAAUGUUUUCCGGAAUGUUUUGCUAAAUGUUUUCCUGGAUGUUUUUGAAUGUUUUUCGGAAUGUUUUUGAAUGUUUUC